GCCUGCGCGGUCAGGAAGCAGGUGUGGAGGGGGCGCGAAGGAGCGAGGGCGUCAUCAGACAGCGCCGGAGAAAUGGGUAAGCAGGGAGUGGGCGCCCUUUCGCUGAUGGCGACGGCCGGGCGCGCGGCGUUCGGAGGGCGGAGCAUGCGCGUGAGGGUGUCCUCGCCAUGGCGUCGGUGGUGCUGAGCGAGGCGGAGAAAGUGUACGUCAUGCACGGCGUCCAGGUAACUGAGGCGGGGCUGGAGGCCUGUCUGGGGCCGGUUACUUUAUUAUUAUUAUUAUUAUUAUUAUUAUUUGCAUUUAUUUCCCACCUGUUUUCUCCAUGGGACUCAAGGGGGGUGGUUCUUCCCCUCCUCUUUCAAUUCCUCACAACGACCCUGUGAGGCUGGGCUGCCACCUGCCCCGUUCAGGAUUGUCCCAGUUACUAAUUAUUAUUAUUAUUAAUAAUAAUUAUUUUAUGUAUUGCAGUUAUAGCCCACCUGUUUUCUCCAUGGGACUCAAUGGGGAUGGUUCUUCCCCUCCUCAUUCAAUCCCCACGACAACCCUGUGAGGCUGGGCUGCCACCUGCCCUGUAUAAUACAGGAUUGUCCCGUGUUUCAAUGAAAAAUGCUCCAUCCUGAUUAAUAUGGGGUGCAGUUUGUUCUGUUAUUUCAGAUCUUUUUUUCUCUCUCUCUCCAAAUACACAUGUUUCCAAGGGUGUGUGAAAGGUUAUGUAUUUAAGCUCUGGGUAGCAAAGCACAGACAGAUUUACAAAUCCGUGCAUUUGUUUGUGACAUAUUCCAGAGGGGCCAUCCUAUUAGGCUGCAAAAAUAAUUCAGCCACCUCAUCCCGUCCUGUAUUUUGCCAAAACAAAGAUGGGAACCCUACUACUGUCAGCUACGUUAGACUGAGGUUCAGUGACUGGCUCCAGGUCACCCAGUGAGCUUCCUGGCUAAAUGGGGAUUUGAACCAUGGUCCUACUCUGACAGCUCCCAUCAUAGCCAGUGAUCAGGGAUGAUGGGAGGUGUAGUCCAACAACAUCUGGAGGGCAGCAGGCUGUGCACCUCUGCUCUAACCACUGCACCACACUGCCUUUUGCUCCAGGAGGCUUUGUUUGGUCAGAAUCAAGUAUACACUUCCAAAGUUAAUGCUAAAUACAUUGCUUUUGGUAAAUGAGUGCCAUGGCCAUGAGAGGACUGUGAAAAUCUCAGGCUUUUUAGACCUUUGGUACUAUCAGAAACCAAAGUUGCGCAUUGGUUGACAGAUGUGGAUUUUUCUUCCAGCCAAGGUGGAAAAUUGAAAAAAAUGUUUAAAAGUACCUUUCCAAAAAAAAUACACCAGAGUCCUUUUUUUUGGGGGGGGGGGAUAAUUCAGAGGGAAAUUCCCAGGUGUCAAAAAAGACUAUUAUUAUUAUUAUUAAUUUCAUUUCAUUUCUAUACCGCCCUAUACACAAAGGUCUCAGAGCGGUUCACAUAACCUGAACCUGAAGUGUCUGUAACCUGAAGCGUCUGUAACCCGAGGAACCACUGUAUAGGAUAUAGAUCAAAUCAGGCAAACGCCUGAUUAAAAAGGAACGUUUUUGCCUGGCGCCUAAAGGUGCAUAGUGAAGGCGCCAGGCAAACUUCCCUGGGUAGUAGCAUAUUUAUGUAUGCUACUACUGCAGCCUGUGUUUUGUUAGCCCAAAAAUGGAAAACGAGUGAGGUCCCAAGAAGAAUGGCAACUUAAACUGAUGGAAUACGCGCAGCUUGCAGAUUUAACUUAUAGAAUAAGAGAACAACAAGAACGUACAUUCAAAGAAGUUUGGAAAAUGUUUAUUGAAUAUAUGGGUGAAAAUUGUGUUUAUUUAAAAAUGCUGGUAGCAUUAAUAUAAAUUCAAUAGUGUAAAUAAGUUUCGAGGGCUGUAACAGUGGAUUACUGAAUGGUUUAGUUCAUGUAAAACAUGCAGGGAUGUAUGGUAUGCAAAAUGAACCAUGGAAAGAGAAGAAGGGAAGUCAUUGAUUUAAGGUUGUUUAACAUAUUUUGAAAUGUACAUUUGAAAAUUUAAUAAAAAUGAGAGAGAGAGAGAGAGAGAGAGAGAGAGAUGGCAUUCACUUAUAAUCACAAGCUUGUGAAUAAUAUGCAUUUGUCUGUUCGCUCAGCAACAUUUAUUUGUGUGAUCAAUCAAAGGCAUUAGGUAACACAUUGUGAUAAAUGACUGUUUCAGGAGGAUCUUCGGGUGGAUGGCCGUGGUUGUGAAGAUUACAGAUGUACUGAAGUGGAAACAGAUGUAGUAUCUAAUACAAGUGGGUCUGCCAGAGUAAAACUUGUAAGUAUGCCUUGCGGGGACUUCUAUACAUUGCUAAUGAUAUUGUAUUUUUCGUUGAAGCUCACUCUGCACAGUGCUAAAACAUAGUUUGGGUCUGCCCUGCCCUAGCUAGAACAGUCUGGUGGCACCUGAAAAAGUAACUCAUUUAUAGUGGCAUACAUUUUUGUGGCACAGGAAAUGUAUUGUUCAUUUAUAUUGCAGGAGAGAGAUGUGUCACAUUAACAUGUAGAACACAAAUAGAAAGGAGAACCACAUGCAAGACUAAUAAUUCUGUUGUAGUGGCCCAUUACUCCCCAGUUCGUACUGAGUUGGCAAAAUUGUGUUUUUAAACACCCAGUAGUAUUUAAGGAAUAGAAGGAUGGCAUACAGUAUGGAAAAUGAAAGGUUAGUAUGAAUGAGAAAAGGACGUUGGCUUAGGGCAGGCUUCCUCAACCUCGGCCCUCCAGAUGUUUUUGGCCUACAACUCCCAUGAUCCUAGCUAGCAGGACCAGUGAUCAGGGAUGCUGAGAAUUGUAGUCUCAAAAAUAUCUGGAGUGCCAAGGUUGAGGAAGCCUGCCUUAGGGGCUGUUUGCUGUUGGAGGAAACGAGGAAAGAGUUGGCUGAAUGCCCAACAUAGAAGGAAGCUAAGGGGGUGGCAAGCUCAGUGAGAGGAAGACCCAAAAUGUCUUGGAACCAAGCAACAGGAAACCUAAAAGCAAGGGUGAGUGGAGGAAGACAAAAUAAGCAUUGGUGUGAGAAGCAGGGAUCAAAAGGGAGGGGGUGGAGGAGAAAGAUUUGCAGGAAAGGGGACUGAAGAAGUAAAUUGUCAGAAAAGUGAUUGGAUUAUUACAGUGGUACCCCGCAAGACGAACGCCUCGCAAGACGGAAAACCCGCUAGACGAAAGGGUUUUCCGUUUUGGAGGCGCUUCGCAAGUCGACUUUCCCUAUGGGCUUGCUUCGCAAGACGACAGCCCAUAGGAAAUCUCAGGGACAGCGGGGAAGCGCAGCGCGUCUUCCCACUGUCCUCGGACCUCCUCCGAAGCCUGGCGGCGGGGCGGGGACACCUCCUCCGCCGCCGCCGGGCUUCAGAAGGCUCCUCCGAGCCGGGCGGGGAGGGAACACCUGCCGCCGCCGCCCGGCUCGGGACGGUGCUCCGGGCCGGGCGGGGGGAGGGAACACCUGCCGCCGCCGCCCGGCCGGAACGGUGCUCCGAGCCGGGCGGGGGAGGAAGACCUCCCCCGCCGCCCGGCCGGAACGGUGCUCCGAGCCGGGCGGGGGAGGGAACACCUGCCGCCGCCGCCCGGCUCGGGACGGUGCUCCGAGCCGGGCGGGGGGAGGGAACACCUGCCGCCGCCGCCCGGCCCGGACGGUGCUCCGAGCCGGGCGGGGAGGAAGACCUCCCCGCCGCCCGGCUCGGAGCGGUGCUCCGAGCCGGGCGGGGGAGGGAACACCUCCGCCGCCGCCCGGCCCGGAGCGGUGCUCCGAGCCGGGCGGGGAGGGAAGACCUGCCGCCGCCGCCCGGCCGGGCGGUGCUCCGAGCCGGGCGGGGAGGAACACCUGCCGCCGCCGCCCGGCUCGGAGCGGUGCUCCGAGCCGGGCGGGGGAGGGAACACCUGCCGCCGCCGCCCGGCCCGGGACGGUGCUCCGAGGCCGGGCGGGGGAGGGAACACCUGCCGCCGCCGCCCGGCCGGAGCGGUGCUCCGAGCCGGGCGGGGAGGGAACACCUCCCGCCGCCGCCCGGCCCGGAACGGUGCUCCGAGCCGGGCGGGGAGGGAGACCUCCCGCCGCCGCCCGGCUCGGAGCGGUGCUCCGAGCCGGGCGGGGGGAGGGAAGACCUUCUGAAGGCGGGCGGGGGCGAAGUCCUUGCUCCCCCUGCCUGCCUGUCCCGGAGGGCUUUUGAAGGCGGGGAGCAAAGACUUUCGCCCCCGCCCGCCUUCAGAAGAGGUCCAGGACCUCUUCUGAAGGCUGGCGGGGGCAAAGUCUUUGUCCCCCUGCCUGCCUUCCCAGGGGCUUUAAAUUGCCCCGGACAGCGGAGAAGUCCUCCGCUGUCCCGGGUGAUUUUCAACUGCCGCCCGCCCGCAUUUUAAGAUCGCCCGGACAGCGGAGAAGUCCUCCGCGGUCCCGGGGUAUUUUAAAAUGCUGGGGGUGGGAAGAAAAGCCCUUGCCCCCCCCCCCAGCCUUCAGAAGAGGUCCGGGGACAGACUGUCCCGGACCUGGUCUGAAGGCGGUUUCCCAGGAACGCAUUAAUUGAUUUUCAAUGCAUUCCUAUGGGAAACCGUGCAUCGCAAGACGAAAAACUCGCAAGACGAAGAGACUUGCGGAACGAAUUAAUUUCGUCUUGCGAGGCACCACUGUAUAUUGAACAACCAGUACUUUUUUACAGGGUAUUCAAGGAUAUGCAGUACCUGCACCACUUUUUGUUGUUAAAAAGUGUGGCACUUACUAUAACAAUUUUAUGAUGAGUGCCAGCACCUGUUUUUCUAGAAAAAAAGCACUGUGAACAACAAAUAUUCACAAUCUUAAUCUCACAGUCUACCAGACUCAGUGCUGUUUAUUAGCAGUGAGUGUCUACAGUAGUCCGCAUCAGAUUGUGAUAUUAAGUUGGUUGGCCCUUUCGGUGCUUUGAAGGUGCUUCAAAGGUUUGCCGUUGUGUUUUCAAGGCGUUCUGUUUUUUUUAAGGAGAAAUACUGGGUAGUAUUGGCCGACACAGAAAGUAAAGGGAGGUGUGCUGGUAAGAUCAUAAGACUUGGAAAACAUCUGUAGCAGAGUGCUGUUAUUUCAACAGGGGCACACAGACAUCCUGGUUGGAGUCAAGGCAGAAAUGGGAGCACCGAAGCUGGAUAGACCAAAUGAAGGAUACUUGGAAUUCUUUGUUGAUUGGUUAGUGCAAAAUGGGCCACAGGGGGGUCUAUUUAACUAAAUACCAGCAACCUUAAAGUGAUGCUAGUUGCAGGACUAUAUGCUCUGUGUUUGCUUUUUUAUAAGGAUUUCAGAAUGCCAGAUAACAAAUCAUUAUUUUGACUGCCUUUUUGCCUUUUCCUUCCCCAUCUUUUGCAUUUGGCAGUUCAUUUCUUUACUUCCUUCUGCUCAUGGCCAGUGUCCCACCCUUUCCUAAAAUGGACACACAGAACCUUCUAGUCCUCACCAGAUCUCUGUAGGCUAUUCCUUUCUGCAAAUCCCUUUCGCCUGCUGCUGAUGGUGGUGGUACCUCAUUAGUUUCCUUCACCAUGAUGACCUUGCCUUCUUCGCCAGAGUAGUGAACACUGCAUUCAGUUCUCUGCUGCAAUUUGCAUUUCUCAAGGUGACAUUGAUAGUUAGCAAGAUACUGCCCAGAGAUGUACAUGCAGUCAAAAAAAUUUAAAUAAGCCCUGGGCAGAGGAGCCAAUGAGAUUCAGAGCAGCAUUUCUUCUGAAGACAUGCCAGAUGCUAUAGACCAAGACUGAAAGGAGGCAUGUUUUUUCUUUCUUUCUUUUUGCUAUGCCAGAUCUAGGCUGGCACAGUAGAUGACUCCCAUCUCAGGUCCCUUUCUGGAAGUGAAUCAAUGGUUGGCCAAACCCUUGCCCCAUCCCAAUAACACCACUUUGCAAAGCUAAUAAUAAUAAUUAUUAUUAUUCAGGUAUACUGGGCCAAGGCCGUUUAGGGCCUGAAAGGUCAGCACCAACACUUUGAAUUGUGCUCGGAAAAGUACUGGGAGCCGAUGUAGGUCUUUCAGGUCCAGUGUUACAUGGUCUGGCAACCACUCCCAGUCAGCAGUCUAGCUGCCGCAUUCUGGAUUAGUUGUACUUUCCAGGUCACUUUCAAAGGUAGCCCCACGUAGAGCUCAUUGCAAUAGUCCAAGCGGGAGAUAACUAGAGCAUGCACCACUCUGGCGAGACAGUCUGCAGGCAGGUAGGGUCUCAGCCUGUAUGCCAGAUGGAGGUGGUAGACAGCUGCCCUGGACACAGAAUUGACCUGCACCUCCAUGGACAGCUGUGAGUCCAAAAUGACUCCCAGGCUGCACACCUGGUCCUUCGGGGGCACAGUUACCCCAUUCAGGACCAGGGAGUCCCCCACACUCACCCACCCCCUGUCUCCCCAAAACAGUACUUCUGUCUUGUCAGGAUUUAACCUCAAUGUGUUAGCCGCCAUCCAUCCUCAACCGCCUCCAGACACUCACACAGGACAUUCACCGUCUUCACUUACUAUUGCCAGCAAGAGCACUAUGAGCUGUAGUAGGAACAUAUGUGCUUUUAGAUCUGCACAUACAGCUACUGGUAUACUGUUAGGGCUGCCAUACGUCUGGGAUUUCCGGGAUAUAUCUAGGAUUUGUCUGUUGGAAAUAGCAUCUGGGCGGAAUUUACAAAAAUUGAUUAAAAUGUCUGUAUUUCCUUUAAAUUGCUCAAAAACUUCAUUUUAUUUAUUUUUUACUGUGCAUGCUAAAAGCAACUGUAGAGCCUUCUCUGCCACAAUUAGAAAUGGUGGGGUUUCAAUCUCUGGCACAUUAUUGGCCUGCCGCUAGGUGGUGCUAACUGAGCGUUUUUGAACACCUGGAGCAUUUUGACAAUUCCUCCUCUCCAUUUUAAAGGGUUGUCAAAUCAUUAACUCGUUUUGAAUUGCUGUCCUGGUCCCUCUUGCACUUUCUGAGAUAAUGUAAGAUAAAAUUGAGGAGCAGAGUCUUCCACCAAAAUUUUGAAUGUGUAUGUUGGUACACAUUGUUGAGAUAAGAAACGAGGUUGGCACUCUUGCUUGUGGUUGCAUGCUUAAGAGUGACUUCAGGGAUCUGUGCCAGGAGAGUGGGCAACCAGUUAUGAAGAGCAUGGCAAACACAUACAAGGUUGAUACUAACUUGAUUUAGGUCUAAUUCAUAUAAUUUUCCUAAAUCUUGGGGUACAGGGUGGGAUGAAAUCGUUUUCUGGAUUUCUUAAACCUUCACACAUAAAACCUUGACCAGGCACUCAUAUAUAAGAUAGACGCACAUGCCCAAUUUCUAAUAGCUGGCUGACAGUGAGAAUCCCUACCAUUGGCAGAACCGCUGGCAGUGAUGGCCAAACUUGGCCUUCCAGCUGUUUGGGGACUACAAUUCCCAACAUCCCUGACCACUGUUCCUGUGAUGGGAGUUGUGGUCCCAAAACAGCUGGAGGGCCAGGUUUGGCCAUCACUGCGCUACAGUAUCCUGGAAUGUUCAUAGUUAUUCCAACUGCUCAUGAUGUGGUUAUUGAUAAAGAAUAUGGAUAAAGUGCAGCUUCUGUGGUGAAAGUGAAAGGGCAGCGUGAAUGGGGGAACAGCUCUGCUUUCAAUGAACUAGGUGGGGCUAGCCUCCCGCUCACACACUCAAACAAAACUCACUUCAGUCCACCAGAGGCAACCAACCAUGCCAAUGAAAACUAAUGAAUGAACGGAAUCUACACAUGUGACGCUGACACACAAACCUUGCACAUGCACUUUGUAAAAGAAUGGAAGUGUACUAUUCCCCUUCUCCUCACCCGUCUUCUCCCCCAGCUUUAUACUGUCUAUAGUCGUGGUUCCCAACAUGGGGCACAUGCCCCACAGAGGGGCAAUUUGAUUUUUAAGGGGGGCAAUUCGAGAAUGAGUCAUUAACAGUUACUUUAGGCUUCCUCCACGUGCAUAGGAGUUCACUUUUUGAAUAAUAAGAAUUAUAUGUCAUGGGGGGGUGCAAUCAGGAUUUUAGAGUUGCUUAGGUGGGGCAUGGUCAAAAAAAAGUUGGGACCCACUGGUCUGUAGCAUUAGUGUCUCACGUUGAAUAAAAUUGACAAUCUUUAAUAAAAACAUUUUUUAAAAAACUAAAUGGGGCUAAUAGGCUAGUCUAACCUAUUUGUACCUGCCACUUGGCAAUGACAGCUGUUGAGGGAGACGCUUGACUACAGUCGUACCUUGGUUCUCAAACGGAAUCCAUUCAGGAAGUCCGUUCGACUUCUGAAAACGUUAGAAAACCAAGGCACGGCUUCCGAUUGGUUGCAGGAGCGUCCUGCACUCAUUCAGAAGCCGUGCCAGACGUUUGGCUUCCAAAAAAAAGUUUGCAAACCGGAACACUCACUUCCGAGUUUGCGGCGUUCAGGAGCCAAAACGUUUGAGUCACAAGGCUCUCGAAAACUAAGAUACGACUGUGUCUGGCUUUUAAUCAUUGUGAUUUGGAGAGGAAGGCUGAUCCAUCCUGCUCUCUUGCACCAAGCCUCUGCAUCCUGCUUUUAUGCAUAUACAGAGCAGGAUUCUGCCUAUAAAGCUUUUUGUUUUUUAAAAAACAAAUUCUAUUGUGGGUUUGAGGGGCCAAAUGUAAGUCUAUAAUGGGGACGCUUCUGUCUAUUUAGCACAAGGCGAUAUGGACAGAAGCAGCAACCGACACAGAGUAGCGUAUUACUUAGCUUUCUAAUUGGAAUAUUAUCCUGCAAUAAAGUUCUAAAACGCCGAAGUUCAAAGAGGCAACCUCAAGGUGUUGCUAUGAGAACUGUGAAUCUUCCCUUUAAUUAAACAUAACUUCAAACUCGCCCUCAGUGCGCUAGAGAUGACUGUGUGAUUUGAUAUUCAUAUAAAUUGGCUAUUAAAACUUUGCCACAAUUUAAAAAUCAAGUGUGCUUGGAGGCUAACUUGCAUAGUGCAGGUAAAUUAGAUAAUUGUCGGAGUUGUUUUUUAUAUAAGCUGCUUCUCCCUAGGAAACCUUUAAGAAUCCUUUGUAAGUAUACUAUUAAGAAAUGUUCCAUUUCUGACUAAUUGCUUGUGGCCUGACUCAAAAAGAAUCAAUGUGAGAUAAAUGCUUUACGAAGAUCCUGCCUAUUUUCUGUAUUAUGAAAAAUAGUACCUGUACCUGCCAUUCAGCUAUAUAUGCCAGCAUUUAUCAAACUUGGGUCUCCAGCUAUUGUUAGACCAGUGGCCAGAGAUGAUGGGAGUUGUAGUCUGACAACAGCUGGAGACCCAAGUUUGAGAAACACACAUGCUAUAGGAAAGCGGACAAGAUAAAUGCCUGAGGGCUCGCUUUAAUGGGAGCACUGAGAGUUAUAUGCUGCCCUCCCAACAGUAGGGGCACUGUUGCUUACUAUCGAAGCAGGACAGUGGUGAAGCAGGGGCUGCACACAUCGCUUCUCGGCCUUUUGGCUAAGAUGAAGUGUAGGGGCUGCACAGCAAACAGGAUCAGUGGAAUGGAUCCACCAGUGUACCCACAUAGUCCCAGCUUGCUUCUGCCCUGCCCCACAUUGUCCUGGUAGCAGUGAUGCUGCUGUGAGGAGGUUGCCUCCAUGUCCCUCCCACACCAGCUUCUCCUGCCCUUAAAGGUUUGCUAUGAUUGGUGCUUCCACGUCGUAGUGAUGUAUGGAAGUGAGAGCUGGACCAUAAAGAAUGUUGAUCGCCAAAGAAUUGAUGCUUUUGAAUUAUGGUGCUGGAGGAGACUCUUGAGAGUCCCAUGGACUGCAAGAAGAACAAACCUAUCUAUUCUGAAGGAAAUCAGCCCCGAGUGCUCACUGGAAGGACAGCUUGCGGACGGCUGCACAAAGCCUUCACCCCGCUGCCCUGCGGAGGCAACAAAGCUGUCCCCGACACCAGAACAGCGAGGCGGAGCACUCCGUCUCGCUGUUCUAGCUUGUGGACAGCUGCACAAAGCCUUCACCCCGCUGCCCUGCUGAGGCUACAAAGGCUGUCCCCAAGCCAGAACAGCGAGCCGAAGCACUGCGGAGUGCUCCGUCUCGCUGUUCUAGUUCGAGGAUGGCUGCGCAAAGCCUCCGCAGGGCAGCGGGGUGAAGGCACCCCGCAACCCUGCGGGGGCUUUGCGCAGCCAUCCCAAAGGGUGUGCCUUCAGCGGGGUGACUAUCCCUGAAGCCUUUGGAGCACAGCGGGACCUCGCGCUGCGCUCCAAAGGCUUUGGGUUCCUUUUGCUGAAGUCGAGAGAGCAAGACUCUCCUGGCUUCAGCGAAAGGAACCCGAAGCCUUUGGAGUGCAGCGCGAGGUCCCGCUGUGUUCCAAAGGCUUCAGGGAUCUUUGAGGCUGGCGGUGGGGGAAAGCAGCGCUUCCCCCCACCGCCAGCCCCACAAGCUUGGGGGGUAGCGGCAAGGCUGCGUGCAGCCUUUGCGCUGCUCCCCGACCUGGUCUUUGGGGCCGACGGUGGGGGAAAGCAGCGCUUCCCCCCGCCAGCCCCAAAGAGCAGGUCAAAAGGAACCUGAAGCCUCCGGAGCCCAGCGGGAACUCCUGCCGUACUCCAGAGGCUUCGGGUUGCCUUCACUGAAGCCUGGAGAGCGAGUGGGGUCAGUGCGCACUGACCCCUCUCACUCUCCAGGCUUCCAAGGUAGCCGCCUGAAGCCUCCAGAGUGCAGUGGGUACUCCUGCUGCACUCCCGAAGCUUUGGGUGAAUGCACCUUGAACGCACCUUGUUUUAGAGGGGGAGAACAAGAAAAAAAAUUUUUUCCCCCUGUUCUCCCCCUCCUAUGGCCCGGUGCGUCCUAUAGAGCGAAAAAUACAAUAAAACAUUUACUAAUACCCUUAAUGAAGACUGCUAUGAUUGUUUCCCCAGAGGCACUCAAACCCUCCUUCAUAGAGGGUUGGUGCAGUGCCUCUCCUGCUGCAAUGGCUUGUGACUCUCUUGUUUUGUUUUUUGUUAAAUUUGUAUACUGCCCUUCAUCUAAAGAUUUCAGGGUGGUUUGUGGCAUAAAAACACAAAAUAAAAACACAAAAUACAUAACAAAAACAAGAACGAAACAAUAGCCCAAUAACUCUUCCUGACUUAGACUCAAAUUGAUGCCAAGCACUGGUUAGGGGCUGUUGACUUGUCUCCCUACAGAGAGGAGGAAAAGGAGCUGGUCCUUGCAGCCACUUCUACCUGUUGUGGACCUGAGAGCUUCUAAAUCCAGGUAGGAGAUGGGAGGAAAUAGGAUGGGCAGCAUUGAAAGCUGUAGGCUUCUAGUAUGCUGCACAGUGUCUUCUGCUGGAAUAGCUUCUAAUUAGGCUGAUUUUUGCCUUGCAUAUUUGAAAUUGUGUGUGCAUUUUUUAAAAGAUUAGAGCCCAUCACGACUGAUGCUUGUUGAAGGCAAUGAGACUUUUUCAGUAGAGAAAUACCCAGGACAGGAGAGGCCAAUUAAAAAUAUGCCAGUCUUCCUGUCAGGUUAUCUGUUCUCUCCCCCUGUCAUGUUUAACAGGCUAUAUUGUUAGCCAUGCAACUUUCUUUUCUUAUUCUUAACCUGAAGAAAGCAAUUGUUCUUAAUUUCCAUCAAACCACAGUAGUUAGACUGUAACAAAGAACUGGAGCUGAGAUACCAAACUAUAUUGUUGCCUGUUUCAGGUAAUCUAUAGCUCUCUCUGUCCCCUUUAUUAUUUUGGUUUAUUAAAUCUUGUUCCUAAGGAAAGGGCAGGAUUUAAUGUCCUGUGCUGAGCCGUAGAUCCCUGAAAGGUGAAAACUGCUUUGAUUUUUUAUUUCUUCCUUUCAGCUCAGCUAAUGCCACUCCCGAAUUUGAGGGCCGCGGCGGAGAGGAGCUGGGCACUGAAAUAGCAAAUACCCUUUACAGAAUUUUUAACAACGAGAGCAGCAUUGACUUGAAGUUGCUUUGCAUUGCUCCCCGAGAGCACUGCUGGGUGCUUUACGUCGAUGUCCUGGUAAGUAAAACAAACUUCAGCUUAAUCGAAACUAGAUAUUCAGAGAUUUCCUCGGGCCAUUGACGGGUUGAAUUCUGAUGAGAUUGCUUCUGUCUCAAAGUCAGGGCAGAUAGUUUAAACGCCAUCACAACCCUGAACCUCAAUGUCAGCCUUUGCUCAUACAGGACUGUAUCUUGAUUUAAAAAGUCAAGAUAAGAACACGCCUAUCUGCCACAAUCAGAUUAUCACUAGUAGGUUCUAGGAUUGAUAUAACUGAAUGGGCUAUUCAUGUAAAACACACUUCUUCUUUUAACAUUUCAGUUACUGGAGUGUGGUGGAAACUUGUUUGAUGCCAUCUCUGUUGCAGUGAAGGCAGCACUGUUUAAUACCAGGUAAGGCACACGUAAUUUUCUAAAAGAAACUUGUGGAGGAAAAUGGAAAGGUCUCUGUUGCAGCCAAAACAAUGUGUUCUGGCGCCAUAACAAGUUAACAAAUUUAUUAUGGUAUAAGCUUUUGCGGACUAGGGUCCACUUCAUCAGACACGUCAAGUGUAAUCCUCAAUCGUAUUUAUAUAUGCAUAUUGUGUGUGUGUGUUUGUGUAAUCUGUGAGAUUGUUGUUGUUGUUUAGUCGUUUAGUUGUGUCCGACUCUUCGUGACCCCAUGGACCAGAGCACGCCAGGCACUCCUGUCUUCCACUGCCUCCUGCAGUUUGGUCAAACUCAUGCUGGUAGCUUCAAGAACACUGUCCAACCAUUGCGCCCUCUGUCGUCCCCUUCUCCUUGUGCCCUCCGUCUUUCCCAACAUCAGGGUCUUUUCCAGGGAGUCUUCUUUUCUCAUGAGGUGGCCAAAGUAUUGGAGCCUCAGCUUCAGGAUCUGUCCUUCCAGUGAGCACUCAGGGCUGAUUUCCUUCAGAAUGGAUCGGUUUGAUCUUCUUGCAGUCCAUGGGACUCUCAAGAGUCUCCUCCAGCACCAUAAUUCAAAAGCAUCAAUUCUUCAGCGAUCAGCCUUCUUUAUGGUCCAGCUCUCACUUCCAUACAUCACUACUGGGAAAACCAUAGCUUUAACUAUACGGACCUUUGUUGGCAAGGUGAUGUCUCUGCUUUUUAAUCGGUGAGAUUAGAAGGACAUAAAGUGCAAAAACUACAGACAGUGGCAAAUAGAGACAAUCACAAAUGCUGUUUCAUUGUCACUGCUGCUGUUACAGGUCACUUUGCUUAUUUUUCAUCCGUCCAGUUCUAAUGAAAUCUCACUGUCUGUGAUUUUUUGCAUGCCACUCAUCUCUGAAUUCACUACUUGCCGCAAACCACCCCCGCUUCUUCAAAGUGGACUCUCGUCCAAGAAAGCUUAUGCCAUAAUUAAAUGUGUUAAUCUUUGAGACAGGCAUAGGCAAACUCCAGCCCUCCAGAUGUUUUGGAACUACAAUUCCCAUCAUCCCUAGCUAACAGGACCAGUGGUCAGGGAUGAUGGGAAGUGUAGUCUCAAAACAUCUGGAGGUCUGGAGUUUGCCUAUGCCUGCUUUAGGAUGUCACAAGCCAUUUGGUGUACCUGCUGAAAAUGGGUAUAGAUACUCCUAUCCGCUGAGGCUACCUGGGACUCAAUGGACUAAGAUGGUUCUCAAACCUACGCACCUGCUCCUUCAACAAGAGUGCAGCCUCAUUAAGGACAGGUAGUUUUUCCAACUCCUGGAUGCGUCAAUCGCCCACGCAUAGCACUUCCGUCUGUUUGGAUUGUCUCUAGUUUGUUUUUAACUCACCCUUUACAACCUCCCAAUGCUAGUUUUUUAUCUGUUUGUUUUUUGAAAAUAAUUUACAUUUGAUUUUACAAAUUAAAAUUUACAACAAAAUCAAUUACAAAGACAUAUAAAGGGAUUUCUUUGAAUCUUGAGACUUCCCCCCCUCCAUGGGUCGUAAUUUCACCGCUUGCAACUGCACAUCCACAUUUUUGUCCAUCUAGUUUAUCCGUAGUCUUUGUUACCUUACAAGUGAGAUUAAAAUCCUGCCAGUGUUUCCAUUUGCUUACAAUGGUCUCUUAAAUAAAUUAUAAAUUUCCCCCCAAAGUUCUUGUCCUCUUGGUUCCUGAGCUUUCCAGUUAGUUUUCCAAUUUCAGCAUACUCCAUCAACUUGGUUUGCCAUUCUUCCCUGGUCAGGACUGCUUCUUCUUUCCACCUCUGGGCUAAUAACAUCCGUGAUUCCGUUGUCGCAUACAUAGUCUUUUCCAAGCCUUUGGAAUCUAGGUACCUAUAAUUCCUAAUAGAAAAGCAUCUGGUUUUUUAAACAAACAUUAUUUUGAACAUGUUUUUUCAUUUCAUUAUAUAUCAUCUCCCAAAAGGUUUUUGGGACGCGGAUGGCGUUAUGGGUUAAACCACAGAGCCUAGGACUUGCCGAUCGGAAGGUCGGCAGUUCGAAUCCCCACACCGGGGUGAGCUCCCGUUGCUUGGUCCUGCUCCUGCCAACCUAGCAGUUCGAAAGCGCGUCAAAGUGCAAGUAGAUAAAUAGGUACCGCUCCGGCAGGAAGGUAAACGGCUUUUCCGUGUACUGCUCUGGUUUGCCAGAAGCGGCUUAGUCAUGCUGGCCACAUGACCCAGAAGCUGUAAGCCGUCUCCCUCGGCCAAUAAAGCGAGAUGAGCGCCGCAACCCCAGAGUCGGUCACGACUGGACCUAAUGGUCAGUCAGGGGUCCCUUUACCUUUUAAAAGGUUUUUAUUACCUUGCACAACCACCAUAUACUCCCAGUGCUAGUUCAGGACUUGGUACCAGUGGAACCGAGAGACAGAACUGUGCGUCAUUGCCACUUUAUGUCCCAGAGACAGCUCUCAGCAGCUUUGUAUAGAUGUUGAAUAACAUGCAUGACCAAGUUGAACCCUGCAAGAGAGCUCCCACAGGGCUGAGCAAAAGUCACCCAAUUUGAAACAGUCCCGAGCCAAUAUUGUGGUGGUAGCUUCAGGGUAGAUAUCCCCCAACACCGCAACAGAGACCCUGUUCCCAUCCCACACCUUUGCACCACUUCCUGUUGGUCAGCUGGAUAGGAUACAACAGGUUCAACUUAGAUAUAAAAUGUACUCUUGGUUGCGCAGACACAUGGCAGUGGUAGAUCCAGACAAGCAGGAAACAUGCAUAUAACCAGAAUUAAUUGCUAGUUAUUUCAGGUACAGUUUGACUGAAUAAAUUUGAAAGGGAUGGCAGGGGCUGGAGUAGGGCUGGGCGAUAGCUGGUUUUCACCAUCACAAUAUCACACCAGCGAAACAGUGUGAUAUAUUGAUAUAUCAUGUUGUCUUAAAUAAGGAUGGAGAGGCGAACACUAGGGCUGGGUAUUAGCUGGUUUUCAACAUCGUCAUAUACCAAUACAUCACGAUGUCUGAAAUAAGGAUGGAGCUAUGUAGAGGCAUUGGCUGGCAUCGUGGUUUUUCCUGCAUCCUGAUUUUUUGCCGGCGCCUGCUCUUGAGAUUCGCUGUCCCCUGCAGGAGGCAGGGGAGAAUGGAACCAGCAGAGAUAACAGGGGCUGCAGGACUCAAGAGAAGCAUUGGCUGGCUUCACGGUUUUUCCCAUAUUGUGAUUUGUGCAUCACACACACACACACACACCAUGAUUCACGAUAUGUUGCCAGGUCAAAAAAUUAUGAAACCAGUAUCAAUAUAUGGACUUCAAACUGGUUUUUGAUGAUAUAUCAAUAUAUAAAUAAUUGCCCAGCCCAAGGAAGGGGGUAGGGGGAAUUCUCCAGUGUUCCUCACGGCUUAGGACCCUCGUACCUACAGGACCGCCUCUCCCGGUAUGCCCCACGGAGAGCCUCAAGGUCCAUAAAUAGCAACACCCUAGAGGUCCCGGGCCCUGAGGAAGUUAGAUUAGCCUCAGCCAGAGCCAGGGCCUUUUCAACACUGGCUCUGGCCUGGUGGAACGCUCUGCCUCAUGAGACCAGGGCCCUGCAGGAUCUGAUUUCUUUCCGCAGGGCCUGUAAGACAGAGUUGUUCCACCUGGCCUUUGCCUUGGAGCCAAUUUGAUUCCUUCCCCCUCUUUUUUUUCCCUUUCUCCUCCUGUGAUGAGGCUGCAUUUUAAUAUUUUAAUGUUGUAUUUUAAUCUUGUUUUUAAGUUGUAUUCAUUCAACUUGUUUUUAUUACUGCUUGUUAGCCGCCCUGAGCCCGGCCUUGGCUGGGGACGGGGUAUAAAUAAAAAUUAUUAUUAUUAUUAUCAUCAUCAUCAUCCUUCUUUAGUGUUUGUUUGUUUGUCUGUCUGAUUGAUUGAUUUAUAUACUUCGUCAUAAGAUCUCAGGGCUGCUGUAACUCCAUCAGGUUUCCUAACUUUGCCAAACAGCCUAGUUGAAAACAUCUUGCCUUGUUUUUUGUUUCUCAUUAUAUUAUAUAAAACCUACAUAACACUUUGGCACAGCUGCUUUGAAAAGCAGUCCAAAACACUUCUCGGCUGUUUAUUUUAAAUGACCUCAGCUUUAGAAUGGAAUGAACCGUAUUAUGCCGGGAAUGUGCCUUUUCUUUUUUUACAGAUGGGAAGCUGCUCUAAAUCAUUUAGAUACAGCUUCCAUUUUUUAAAAGUUCAGAUAAGGAAAAGAACACACACACCCUGCGAUUUUGUGGAAAACCUCCCUAUUUGGACAAUGAAUUGGGUCUCUUCCUAUUUUUAUUGUUUAAACUGCUUACUGACCAACGACAACAAAGAUAAUUGCCAUUUCUGCACUAACUACAAUCACAAUAUAUCCUUUUAAAAUGAUAAAUAUGGUGUGGUUUUCCCCCUCAUGUUGCCAGGUUAAAAAGCUGUACCUCUUAGAAAGAUGCUCCAUCACCGAGCUAUAUCUCUUCUGCAAACUAAUGUUCUCUUAAUUGUUUUGGUAUUGGGUGAGAUGCUCUUCUGGAGUAUGAAAGCUAAUAGGAUCUAUCUUUGGAAACUAAUCUCAGCAUAUGAAUAGGAAUUGGAAUGAUUCCCCGUGGCAAUAUGUGCAGAAAUGACAUCUUAAUUUGACAUCACCUUCUGCUUUCUUUAGAAUACCCAAAGUACGCGUUUUGGAGGAUGAAGGUGGACGGGAAAUUGAACUUUCUGAUGAUCCUUUUGACUGUAUUCGACUUAAUGUAGAUAAUGUACCUUGUAUUGUCACACUAAGCAAAGUAAGUCGCUGACAAUUCUGAGCUUAUCUCCUAUGGGCUUGUUUUGAUAGAAAAGUUCUAAUACAGAAGGCGGACCUGCCAUUUUUAUUGUGGACACUGCCGUGGAAACCAUCAGAUUAUUUCACUAUUUCUUUCUAGGUUCUUGAGUUUCCAGUAUGGGAGAGAUUAGUUAUUUUGUUUGUGUGUAUGUGUGGUGGUCUUUUAUUAUUAUUAUUAUUAUUAUUAUUAUUAUUAUUAUACUUUCUCAGCUUAGAAAUGGAACUCUGUCCAUUAACACCUUUAACAACGUGGUUGACUAUUCUAUAGCAGUGAUUUGAGAAGCCAUUUUGACACGUAUGGAAAAAGGGUUUGCGGUUUGAAAACGUUAGGUUUACAGAAAACAGUCGCUUUCGAGGGCUUCUCUUCAUCUUGGCUUGGUCUUUUGGUGAAUUAAUUGUAUGAGAAUUCUGGAUUAAAAUGCUGUGGUUCUAGAAUUCCUUCCCCGUGUUAUUUCUCAGUAUUGUUCUAACUUUCCUCCCUCAGAUUUGCACAAAACCAGAAAGUUGCACAAGCAAACCACAUAUAAAAUUUGUAAACCAGAUAUAUUGGGCAGCGAUCUGAAAAGGCAGUGCUAGGCAGUGUUUUUUUUCAGGGGGUACUCAAAGCUAUGCAGUACUGGCACUUUUUUUGUUGUUGUUAAAAAGUGUUUCACUUACUUAACAACUUCAUAGUGAGUACCGGCACCUAUUUUUCUAGAAAAAAAAGCACUGGUGCAAAUACAUUUUCAGUUGCUUUCAUUUCUUUUCCAGGAUUUUAGUAAGGUUGUGUGAAGAACGUAGCCUUUUAUAUUUCCCUUUUCCUUUUACCCCUUGGAUUUGCACACACAAAAAACCAAACACACAAGCGAAUUUGCAAUCACCUGCCUGUGUUUUUGCACACUUCUCCGGUGGGGAUUUUUUUAAAAAACCCACAAAGGUGCAUAUGCAGCUCUUUGCACACUUUGUACUUAAUUGGUGUAAUAGAAUCAACAGAUUAUAAGGAAGGAAUAAACACAAAAGGGAGUGCCUAGAGAUAUGAACAGGAAAGGCUAGAGUUGCUCUGCAUAUACAAAUUCAAUUACGUGAGGGUGUAGAUUACUCUGGUCUAAUUUGAAUGAGGGGGAUGGGGAAUGGAUUAACAGCUAAAUAAUGCUGACAAGCCCUAUGUUUACUUGGAAGUAAGUCCCACUUUGUUCACCUGCCUUACUCGCAGAGAACUGUACAGUGGUACCUCGGGUUACAGACGCUUCAGGUUACAGACUCCGCUAACCCAGAAAUAGUACCUCGGGUUAAAAGCUUUGCUUCAGGAUGAGAACAGAAAUCAUGUGGUGGCGGCGCGGUGGCAGCAGGAGGCCCCAUUAGCUAAAGUGGUACCUCAGGUUAAGAACAGUUUCAGGUUAGGAACGGACCUCCAGAACAAAUUAAGUUCUUAACCCGAGGUACCACUGUAUAGUCAAACCUUGGUUGUCGAACGUAAUCCGUUCCAGAAGACUGUUGGACAACCGAGGAUCAAAGGGUGUCGGCAAAGUAAAUGGAGAGAAAAGUGAGGGGGGACUCCCUGGAAGCUAUUCGGCUUCCGAAAAAUGUUCAAAAACCGGAGCAUUUACUUACGUGUUUUUGGUGUUCGGAAGCUGAAACGUUCCAAAACAGAGCCAUUCGGAAACCGAGGUCUGACUAUAGGAUUGCAGCUUACCUUUUUUUGCCGUUGCUUUUCCAGAUUGGUUAUAGGCAUGUAGUGGACGCUACACUUCAGGAGGAAGCGUGUUCUCUGGCUAGCCUCCUCAUUUCUGUGACCAGUCGAGGUGUCCUAACCUGUAUGAAGAAAGUGGGAAGGGGGAGUCUUGAUCCAGAAAGCAUAUUUGAGAUGAUGGAGGUAAGAUGUGGUCAGGUUGUUGUAAAUCAAGCCAUAGUGGGAUUUUUUAGCACCUUAAUAAGUACAGUGGUGCCUUGGUUCUCAAACUUAAUCCCUUCUGGAAGUCUGUUCCAAAACCAAAGUGUUCCAAAACCAAGGCACGCUUUCCCAUAGAAAGUAAUGCAAAAUGGAUUAAUCCGUUCCAGAUUUUUAAAAACAACCCCUAAAACAGCGAUUUAACAUGAAUUUUACUAUCUAACGAGACCAUUGAUCCAUAAAAUGAAAGCAAUAAACAAUGUACUGCAGUCACACAAUCAAUCAAUCAAUCAGUAACUGAACUGGGUUCCACACAGUCACAAAAACAAAACAAAAAAGCCACAAAAAUGCAAAAUUAAUAGCAAAAACAGACAGACUUCAGCGUAACACUCAAAAUGGAAGUGUGGCACUCAAAAUGGAAGUGUAACACUUAGAAAGGAGCAUAUUCAACUUCCGAAAAAAGUUCACAAACCGGAACACUUAUUUCCGGGUUUGCAGCGUUCAAGUUCCAAGUUGUUCAAGUACCAAGGCGUUUGAGAACCAAGGUACCACUAUGCAGCAUCAACCUAUUUUGGUUUUAAAAUUCUAACUUCUCCAAAUAUCUCAAAAGAAAGCUGAAAGACAGUUUAUAUCAGUCAAAAGCAUUUAGUUAUUAUAGUUAACAAACAAGGAUUCCUGUUUUAAAAAUGAUGUUUAUAUAGAUAUUUUUAUAUAUUGUGUUGCAUACUCAUCUGAAAUGGUGAUCAGAGUCUUUUCAUAGGAAAUGGAAUGAAUAUUUUUGCCGGGGCAAGCAAGAUGUAAAGGAAAAUGCUGGAGAACAUGUUUUUUAACAGUUUCAUAACUCCUCCUUAGCAUUCUUAAAUGCACUAACAUAUCGACACUAAGUCAUGAAUUCUAUUAUGUUUGCCAGCCUUGAGGCAGACAAUAAUUCCCUACAGCCCACAAAAUGACAGGUACAAGAUAGCUUUGGAAAAGUCGAUUGAAUUACAAUCCAGGUUGGGUGUAUUUAUAGUACACAUUGUUUGUCUAUAGUUUUCAAAUCUAUAUCAUACUUAUUGUAGUCAUGUCUUUGUUCCAUUACUUUUAUGUCUAUGGCUUACACUCCCUCCCUCUUAAGAUAUUCAAGAGAUUCAAAAGGUUAAAUUCUUUUAUUUCCCUUCCAAGACAUACAGCAUUGGCAAAGUUGUUCUGCUUUGUUUUUCCUCCAUGACCUCUAGCAGUAUUUUCUGCAUCUUCCCUAUAAUCUUUGCGGGUAUCAAGAAAGCUAAAAUGCUGUUAGAGAGUACAUUUUUUGCUUCCAGUGGGAGGCUAGGGUAUUUCAUGCUAACCCUUCUGAUUUACUACCGUUGUCGAGAUCUGCAGAGAUAAUGUUAGCACCAGAGCUUCUUCUGGUCUGAAAGGCUAGACACUAAGGUCUAGGGGGAAUGUGCAAGUCUAUAACUCAAAACUCCACUGGGUUGUUAGCAAGUAGAACUUUUCAUCAGCUAGACAGAGAUCUCCAAUUUGGGGGGGGGGGGGUCUGGGGACAUAUUUGGAAAUCUGAGAAGUCCUGGGCACCACAAAAUAUCCACUUCACAGUAGAAAAAACUGGUGAUGCUCAGAUCCACCAAACCCCAAAUCUCUACACCCGCCAACACCAAAACAAAUAGAAAGUAGAGAAAAAGCAGAGAGGUAGGUAUUAACUUUUAAAGAAAAACGUUUCCACAAAAGAAGGAAGCUUCUAUGCGGAUCCUCUUUUUUACAGGUAAAUUCUCCUGCCACUCAUUGGUUUUUGUCUUUUCAUUUGCAUUUCAGACUGGAAAGAGAGUGGGCAAGUUGUUGCACACCUCUUUGCAAUCUGCCUUGGAUAAAGAAGAAAGUCUUGGACCAACACGGAAAAAAGUUGGAUUCCUGGGAUGAGCCUCAUUGUUACAUUGAACAUCUGUCAAGGACUGGGUUGGUUGGUUGGUUAGUUAGUUAGUUGUUCAGAUUUUAUUUUAUUUUUACAAAGUUGGCUAUAUAUUUGUUGAAUAAAGGUGGUUUCCUCUCACACA